AUGAUGUCGGUCCCACUCAAGCCUUUGUCGGUAGACUUUAACAGUCGACAGCUGGACUCGAAGCAAAAGAAGUUUCAUGCAAGCAUUGAGCGUGCUCUACAGCAUUUUGAUUCAGUGACGGAGUGGGCAGAUUAUAUUGCCAGUCUUGGAAAAUUACUAAAAGCUCUACAAAGCUGGACCCCCCAAUUUCAGAAUGUUAAGUACUACGUGCCAUUUCCAUAUCAAGUGAGUAGGAGGCUCGCGUCCUCUUUAUCCCCUAACUUACCAUCUGGUGUUCAUCAGAAAACAAUUGAAGUCUACAAUGUGAUAUUCAGCAAAAUCGGAAUUGAAGCGCUUAAUAAAGAAUGCAACAUUUGGGUACCUGGCAUUUUGCCGUUAAUGUCCUACGCGUCAAUAUCAGUUAAGGGCCCUCUUAUCGACCUUUAUGAGAACUACUUACUGCGUAUAUCCCCUUCAGCUCUUCGACUUCUCGUUAAACCUCUUGUUGCCAGUCUAUUCCCGGGAAUUGAUGACGAUAGCAGUGAAUUUCAGCCCGCUGUCUUUAGCCUUUUGGAGGUUCUACGCGCAAACGUAGCCGAUGAGCCCUUGUUUUGGCAAAGUUGUUUCAUCGUUAUAAUUACAAACAAAGACAGGAGGUUGGGCGGACUUGCGUGGCUGACUCGGAUGCUUCCUUCUUUGAAUGCUGUUCCACAUAAGGUUGCUCAGAACAAACUUGAGGAGGACAAAGCAAAAGCAAAAGGCGAUGCCAAAUAUAGGCGUCAAACUGCACUUGAUCUCCUUUUGCCUGAAGCUAAAAAUGUUGUGCAUCCAGAGCCAGGCCUUCUUAUUCGUUGCCUUGUGAACUGUUUAGGUGAAGAGAACGAACUACUCAUCAAAAGGGGUGUUUUAGACCUUUUACUGCAGCGUAUCAAUUUAGAUUCGCCUGUCAUUCAAAGCUUAGCAUCAGACUCUGACCUCAGAAUGCUCAUGAUGAGUUGCUGUAAGACUAUGCUUAAUCGUGAUGUGUCUAUAAGCCGAAGAAUAUGGAAUUGGCUUUUAGGCCCCGCCUCUAUAAAUGCAAAUCAACAACAUCAAACGAACGCAAACGAAUACUUUCCUCAUUUUGGCGAGCAAUGCCUUAAGGAAGGUUUGACUGCUAUGAUGGGAGACGAGGCACAGGCUCCGGUAGCUUUUCGAAUCUGCAUAGCCAUCAUGGAUCGCUGGGAAAUCGCGUCACGAAUUAUUCCACUUGUUUUUGUGCCUUUGAUGAAAACAGUUCGUGGCUUCGAAAACAACGAAAUUGUAAUGAAGAACGCGUCAUCCUUUUUUGAUUCUGUUGAGACAAACAUUAUAUGCAGUCAUCUUUUUCAAGUUACUGUUUUUGACCUUGACCUCGAUCUUCUUUCUUUUGUCCUGUCAACAUUUAAAGUUGAGAACGAUGAAGAAAUAGUGGUCCGUCAUUUGCCGCUGUUAUUAAUGACUGUUUUAGCAAAAAGGGAUGAGUUCGCCUUGCCUGAUGUUUAUCGUGUCUCAGCUUUGCUUGUAAAUCUCAUUCCAGAAAGAGCUUUCUUGCCUAUAGAGCACACUGGUGUACUUCAAGACAGUAGGUGUAACAACCAAGACGUGUUGAAACUUAUCUCAGAGUACUACACUAAGCUUUUGAGCCCGGCUACUCUCUCGAACGUCAAUGAUUCCUAUGAUCUAUCUCCUCCGUUUUCGAGCGAAGACUUGACUUAUUUGAUUGUUGCGGAGUUCCACGACGUGCUAUUGAAAACAUUCAAUAACGAACGCGAGUUUAACAAAAUGGUUGGCCUCUUUGUAAAGCUGAUGGAAAAAAUCCCCAAUGACAGUAACUCGACUGAUGAUAUGAGCUCCGUUUCAGCUGGAAAAGGUCUUGAGCAGGUUUUGGUCAACAAACUCUUUGAGAUAAAGGGAGAGUUAGAAAAUCAUCCUAAUGGAUCUAUUUUUGGAUGGCUAAAACUAUAUACAGACUACCUCGCUCCGAAAGUUACGGUCAUUCAAUCCGCAAAGCUUACGAAGACAUUUGUUGUAGGUGCUUGGCCUUACCUGAUUGAUCCCAACACUCAAAUCGAAACCGUUAAGUCAUUAGACUCUCUUCAAGGAUCUGUAAGGGGAAAACAUGUUGAAAGCGCUUUGGCAUAUGCUUUCAUUUCAGAACUUGGCAUAUCAUCAAGAAUAAGUGCAUUAGAAGGUAUUUGGGUACAUUCCGGAGAUGCUUCAACUUUAGCUCGAAGGCCUUUAGAAUUGGUUUUGGAUGAAUUGUUUGAUGACCAAGAUCCAAAUUUUCUGAGUACCUCAAGAUGGGUAUUAAGUGUGGUGAAACAAGGUCUGGCGGGUAGGCUUUUCCAUAUCUUGUGUGAAAAUAUUCUCAAUUGCAAAUUGAUUUACAAAGGUGCCUUGGAAGAUCUCGAUGAUAUCGAUUCAUAUAUCUAUCAUUGUCAAACAUUGAUAAACGUGCUUAGGAUUGAACCUUCUAUCGUCCUUCAUACGUUCAAUUUGGAGCAAACAUCAGUGCAAACGCUUGAGAUUUGGAAUGGCGCCGACGUUUCAACUUAUAAAAACCUUGCAAUUGCAAUUGCGAUCAAAUUUUUAAAGACUAAAAACACUACUGGUAAAAGUGUUCGUACAACUUUGCUUCUUCUCGAUAUCCUGCUUGAUGGUACAGAACACAAUUUUAAGCACAUCGUGAUAUUUUUACUGCACCUCGCAACUAAACAUUUUAGCUCAGGCGAUUUGGAAUCUGAGUUGAUCUCGGUUUCAUUGCUUGAUAUCAUUUCAAAGGUAUUGGCCUUGUCACACAAUAACCAAAUUACGCUGGGCAUCUUCGAGGACGAUGCAUCUCAUCUAAGAUACAUUGAUUUCCUUGUUCUAGGCGUAACAAGCAUGGAUAAACCUCUUAUUAUUCACUCCUAUGUUAAGUUGUUAUCUGAAAGUUUGGUUUACUUCCAAAACUCAAUCUUUUCCAUAAUAUUGCCACUAACAACAUCCAUAACUGGUUGCAUAAACAAGUUGUUUCAUUCAACCUCUGUAAAAGGAGACCGGUAUCAAUCAAUAGCGUAUUUGAUCGAUGGAUUACAGGAACUGAUGGAAGUCUCUCACAGCUACCUCGCAGCAGAAGAAAGCGGAGGGUAUUUGAGUGCAGGAUCUUCUAAAAACGACUUUUUGCAAAACAUGGUAGCCAACGUUUUUUCAAAUGACUCUAAUGCUUCAAAUUCCAAACUCAAGCACCAGAGAGAAAUCAUUGUUCAAUCUUUCAAGCUUGUGGUCAGCUGUUGUCUGAAUAUUUGGUCAUGGGCGCAUGAUUACUCAAAAGCGCGAGAGAUUGAAGAUCACGAACCGAAUGAAGGCCUUUUUGAAGAUUCAUUACAUCACCAAGCCUAUAAAUACAAAUACCAAUCCAAGAAGUUAUUGAGCGCGGUUUUCGGCUUGGAACCAUUGGAAGUCCUCGAGGAGCUAAUUUCAGAGGGUCCUAGUAAUGUUAGUUUAACUUUGGUUCAUGCUUUGGAUGGAAACAAACCGGCCUUAACAUUGCCACAUUUGUUCCAGGGCAUUGUCUACCGCUGUAACAAGUUCUCGUCGAUAACCUUCUCGAACACUACAGCUUCAAAGAGCGCUCCACAUCCCUUACUUAUAAACCAAUUAGAGACGCAGCCGCUGCUAAACUUUGUCCUAGCUUAUCUCUCGGCGCUUGAAAGCGCAGCACUUGAGGAAAUUUUUGGUGACUUAAUGUUAUUUUUGAAAGAAAUCACCAGUAAUCAUCAACACUACAAACAACUGGCACCGUUGGUUUUGAAGAUGAUAGCCCUUGUUUGCGAAAAGUUGCAUAAUUCAAGAUUUGGGGAGGACAAACGAGUAAGAAGAGAGCUUUCUGAUGCAUUUUGCAGGUAUUUACCAAACGCGGUGGGGGAGGACGUGGACAUCAACAACGCAACCUUAUAUGAAGACUUUGACUUUGUCUGUUCCAGGUUGAAAUACAUUGUAAUUGACUACCCUUCGGGCGAUAAGUUCUGUACUUGUGUUUCACUGUUUGUUCAAUUUGCAGUUACGCCUUAUUUUAAGAAGCAGAAUGAUAGGUACAUUCCCAGACAUGUUGUUCGCCUCGCUUUGACUACCUCGAAAAUAGGAAGCAAAGUCAAAGCAUGGAAAGCCCUUGUCAGUGAAGCCUUCAUGAGCGACAAGAAAUUUUCCCUCGUUGGGCAAAGUCCACUUUGUGCUGAGGUUAUUUUUGAAUGGUCCAACUAUCCUGAAAACAGGGAAAAGCUCAUGCAAGAAUUAAUCGCAUCGAUAGGCACAAAAGCUAAUGGCAUCAGUCCUAAUAUCAACCCCUUUACUGCUUGGAGUGAUUCGGAAAUUGAAACUAAGUGCCACAAUAUUCUUCGCGUUAGCUUUCUGCUCCUUAUAUCUCCUCGUGAUCACCACCUGCUCUGCUUUAGGUCCAUCAUGGGUCAGCUAGAACAGAAUUUGAUCUCAGAUGAUCAAAGAAUGAAGUCUCACAGCUUUCUUCUUUUGAGGUGCGUUCUGCUACAGUUUUCAGCAAUGCACUUCGGCGAAUACUGGAGCAUGUUGGCUUAUAGUUUGCAAACAGGCCUUCAAGACUUCUAUGAGCAUCUACAAAUGCAACAAGAAUUUCCAGCGGAUGUCGUUUUUCAAGUCUCUAAAUGUGUUGACCUGAUUUUGACUUUGAACUUCGAGGAGUUUUCUGCUUGCUACGAAUGGCUUUUCGUUAUUGAUACAAUGAACUGCAUUUACAAAAGUGAUCCUUAUAUCAGUCUAGCGGAUGAGAUCAGCGACUUCAAAGACUUCACAAAAAGCGAAUCUGACGAUUUUGCGAUGGCGCAAGAUCCUAUAGUCCGAGUUCCCCUACUCCAAGGCAUUCACAAGGUUGAGAAGUACACCCAACUCAGGGGCUUUUUCCAUAAUCUAAGCUACGCGCAUUAUGAGGAGAUGUACGCGAUGAAGAAAGUGGACCUGGACAGUUGCACGUCAGAUGCUCUGGCGGAUGUGUUUGCUCUGCAACUACAUCAGCGGUAA